AUGGAGCAUGGGCAGGCACAGCUUCUAGCGACAUCUCAUCCAGGUCAGAACAACUGGCUGGAUAUGUCUCCGGAACCCAUGUCGCCAUCAGCUGCCGGUACUCAGACAUCACGAGAAACACUCUGGGAGGAGGCAUACGAUUCCCUCCAGGCAAGAAAUUCCAGACUCGUGACUUGGUACGAGACGAUCCUUACUCUAGAAUUGAAGAGCACUGUUGCAAAUCUGCCGUCACGGAACGCAUCAUCUGACACAUUUCGGAACCUGAUCGAUCAACGAGACUGGGAGACCAGGCGGGGUAAAAUGAAGCAUCUUCUCGGUCUCUGGUUUCGGGGGAACGGUGUUUUCCUCUUUGAUAUCAUUAGGGCUACGGCUUCGAUGACGCCAGAAGAGGCAGUGCUUGCCUGGGUAGCUGCGAGCUAUGCAGCAUCGAAGAAAUCGGCCGGUAAUAUUGAGCAGCCAAAGCCCUCUCGGGAAACGACGCAAGUGCUCAACUAUCUUAACGUGCUCGAUCACAGACCCAGCAUCUCGGCUGUUGAAAUUGACUCAAGUCACCCAACAGACCAACUGUACCGAGCACUGUUCUCAACCAAGGAGUACGAAUUCUUCCGAGGCUGGGAUAGUACUACAGAACCAGAGAACCAGUUGCUUUGGGUCCGCGGUGAACCCGGCGUGGGCAAGACCAUGCUCCUUACGGGGACUGUGCGAACACUUCUAUCAGCGACAGCCCAAGACAAAUCUGACCGUUGUUUCUUAUCCUUUUACCUUUUUGAUCGCACAGAAAAACGCUCCAACAACGCCGCAUUGGCCUUGAGAACAAUCAUAUGGCCAUUCUUGUGUACCAACCGGACGCUUGCUGGGCAUGGACGUCGCAAUGCACGAUUACAUAGCGGCCAAAGUAGGGAUCUGACCAGAACGAACAAGUACGACGAGGAUCUCGAGGAAGAAAUGGUCAGAGAACUUCAUUCGGCGUCUCAGGGUAACUACCUUUGGAAUCACUUUUUAGACUGGGUUGAGGACCUGGUCCUGCGAGAGCAGUUGUCUGCGGCAGCAGCCAAACUUGAAGGCCUCGAUUUGUCGUUACAGCGACGGUCACCCCAAGACCCAAGCAGCGAAGAGCCGCUGGCAGCCGCUAUCCGAGACGCUCACCUCUUCCUUCGACUGCGCCAAUUAAUUAAUAGCCCUAAGGGUGUUCAUGGGUGCAACACGCUUCUGUUUUGUCUGAUGGAAAGUCACGACGACUAUGUACGAUCUGUGGCCUUCUCGUCAGACAGGAAACUCAUAGCUUCCGGCUCUGACGACUCAAGCGUCCGCGUUUGGUAUGCUGAGACGGGCACGACGCAACAUAGGUUUACGAUACGCAAAGGGUGGAUGGGCAGCGAAGUGAAUUGUCUCCCAGAUCAGCCUGGGAUUGUGCAUGCGGCUUGCUUCUCGGAUGACGGAAGCAAGCUUGCGGCGGCUAGUUCCCGGGCAGUGAGGAUCUGGGAUCUCGAUAGUGAAGUGUCUGCGUCCAGGACGUUCAAGAGCUAUGAUAUCGAGCAUACAGCUACAAAUGUGGAAAAGGAUGCGAACGGUGGAAAGAAGGAUACUAGUGAACUGGAAGCAACAAAUGAGAAUACGGAACCUGAAGAAGGAACGCCUGUGAUUAACACCGAGAAUUGGUUGAACGGCAGAAGAGACUCGGAUAGGAUCGAACGCAGCCAGCCCCAUCUCGGCACAGAGACUACGAAGCUGCGUGAACCACUACACAGACUGAAGGGUCAUACAGGGGCAAUCAGGUCUAUCGUGUUCUCGUCCGAUUCGAAGAAUAUCGCCUCCGGGUCUAAUGACAGCACAGUCCGAAUCUGGGAGCUGGACACCGAGGAGCCCGAAGCACGUAAGCCUCUUGACGGAAGGCGAGGUGCCGUCAACUCCGUUGCCUUGGCUGCCUAUAAAAAUGGGCAUCUCCUCGCUUCCUGCACAGAGAGGGUCGUUGACUUCUGGGAUUUCGGAAAUGGAGAACAUCAGCAAGUGAUGAGAUCACCUUGUCGAAUACUGUGCGGCGGCCUCGCUGCCUCACCGAAUCGAGCCUAUCUCGCUGCUGGGUCAUACGAGGGCACAGUAGAUCUCUGGCACGCCCCUAGGAAGCGAAUAGAACAGGAACCCGAGCCAGCGAGUUGGGUAGAGCCUAGGUCACCGAUUGACAUGGCUCUGAGCCCCGACGGCCGAACAUUGGCUGUAGCUCAAGUUGGAGAAGAUGUAUUACUCUGGGACAUUGAGACGAACGAGCUCGUGAAUCCUCGCAUAGAUACUGGGCAUACAACGAAGAUAUUGUCUGUUUCGUUCUCACCCAAGCAUGGGGCGAUGCUGCUCUCCUCUGGUGCUGACUGCAGCGUACGUGUCUGUGAUGUCAAGACGGGGAUGCGACUACACAAAUUCCUUGGCCACACAGACUGGAUUGGAUUUUCCACAUGGUCGCCGAAUGGAGAUUACGUAGUCUCCGCUUUGGAUGAUGGUACCAUUCGUAUCUGGAAGAUGGGAGACAGAGACGAGCAGGGACCUCAAAUCCUGGAACAGGGUGAUUGCUUUGCCACGGGCGUCUCCUUUUCCCCCGAUGGGAAGCACAUCGCGACGUGCGGCACCAACGGAAAGGUCAUGGUAUGGGCAUCACAGAAAGAUGAGAGUGGUUGGAAUCUGAAGCACACGUUGGAAGGCCACAGAAGCUACGUGUUGAGCGUUCUAAUCUCCCGGGACUCGAAGCAGGUACUCUCAUCGGGUGCGGAUAAAACAAUCAGAAUCUGGGACAUUGAAAGUGGCGAUAACGUAAACAAGGACUCACCCAUUGAGACAGAGUUACACAUUGACAAGAUGCGGUUUGAUAAGAACCCGUCGAGCCACGUUAUGACACCAUAA